AUGCCGUAUUUUAUAGCCGACCAUCUCCACCACUCCAGUCAUCACAAACCUUCACUUCUCAUCCAGUGGCAUUGUCUAAUGAUCAACUCUGAUUUCUGCUUGGUUAAAUUGGAUCGUUAUAUGCAAGAACUUAUAGUGUAUGAAAGCGAAGUUCAGAAUGCACCUUUGAUCGAUUCCUUCAUGCCGGUUCACAUAGUUGGGUCCAGCAAUGGCUUGCUCUGUCUUGAAUUUUCAAAUUCCAUUUUAUUUUGGAAUCCAGCAACUACAGAGACUAGACUGGAUUUGGAUUCAGUCCCAGUUGCUAAUGAUUACAAGGUUGUGAUAAUUUAUGUGAUUCAGGAGGAUGAUGUUUACCGAGUGAAUCGCGUGCAAGUGUACUCAGUAUCCACAAAGUCGUGGAAGAAAGUAGAAUUUGGAAACUUGGAGGGUUUAUGUGUUAGUUCUGAAAGUGUUGCUGCCAAUGGAGCUGUGUUUUGGUAUGGGUUCAAUGGGGACGAAGAUGAAUUUGAACUUGAUUGUUAUCGUUUGAUAGUUUCAUUUGACAUAGCAAAUGAGGUGUUUACAUUGAUGCCAGUGCCUGAUUUAGAUUAUGGUGAACCACAGAAGCUUACUGUGUAUGAGAAUAACCUUGCUAUGCUUUGUAACAUACGGCCUGAAGAAAGUGAAGAUUAUGAAUAUGAUUGCAUUGAUUUGUGGGUGAUGGAAGAGGCUACAAGCAAAACAGGGGAAAGAUGGAGCUGGGCAAACAAAUACACUAGCAGCCCCUUUAGAGGCUUGAUAAGAUUAGAACCAAUGGCAAUUUGGAGGAAUGAAAUUGUCUGCGAAGCUAGAUUGAAGUUUAACAACAAGAAUGACGAAACAAAAGUUGAUCUGUGUCUGUUAAACGUCACUACUAGUGAGCUUGAGUGGUUUGAUAUCAAUAAAUAUAGUACUUUCUAUAGAAUGCUUAAUCACGUGGAAAGUCUUGUAUCAAUUGGCAAUGUCUUAGUUCAAGAUCCUUGA